AUGUCAAUGGGCCCGGUAUUGGUCGCCACGAUGGUACAGGGAGGCGUCGGGGAGCGACCACCUGAAAAAGUUCACCCUUUCUUUACCAAAGCCACCGGAGGCGACCCAUCAUUAGCUCCAUGCGCAGAGAGCCUAACGCCCAGCUCUCACGCGAACGCAGACGAGACCAAGGUCGACGAUACCCCUAUAGAAGACGGCCGUCGGCCAAAGCGACGAAAAACCGAGACUUCUUCCGGCCAAGCUGACGCUGAACCAAAACCACCCAACCGAAGAAGGCGAAAUGGAGCUGCCGGCGCGACCUCAAUGGACGGUGGUAUAGUUGGACAUUUGACCAGGCUGCAGCCGGACACGGCUACGGCUCCGUCGGUGCCACCAGAGCCUGCGUCGCACGUUCCGACGCCGCCUCCAAGCGACACCUUGAACAAGCAACUCAGCCAGGGUUCAGACACACAACCCCGGGCUUCGACCCCAGCCGUUGCCGCCGUCCAAGCUCCUGCCAAAAAAGUCCUCAAGUUCAAUCCCAAGACAGGUACUCUUGGGUCGCCACCAAAGCCGAAGCCGAACAAAAGCCCAUCCUUGAUCGUGCGAAUGCCAUAUGGACGAGAUGAGAGAAGCCGCAAGGAUAUUGGUGAUAGGAUCACCCAGAUCUUGGACGGGAAGUUGCAAAUUCCGACUACCCCGACAAAACGGCGCGCAAAGAGAGGGACAGGAGCUAUCGAGGCUCCGCCUUCGCAGCAACCGUCUGCUCAAAAGUCAACUCACCCUUUCUUCCGUGGCAAGGCCCAGAAAGGGACGUGUCAAAACGAAGGAACCGAAGUUACCAAGAAAUCACCUAAAGCCUAG